UGGAUGGAUCCAUUUGUUUGGGUUUGGAACAGAGGUUUGGAACUGAGAUGAAUUAGUAUGCGUUAUUUAUUUCUUUAAUCUAAGGCUAUAAUAAUGUGCUAUAUUACAAUUCCUUUGGUUUGAAAUUUGGAUAAGAUCCUGUAAUUUGGAUUUAAUUAGAUUUCGGAUUGGAUUGAUUUGAUUGUUUUUCAUUGGAUUUUCACAUAUUUUAAUCAUUAAGUUUUUACGUCCUUAUUGAAGUAGACAUUUUUAUAAUGAAAGAAGAACGUAAGAGAGAGAAGAAAAGCAAAAAACAUAAAGCUAAAAAGCAUGAGCGAAAAGAGAAGAAGAGCCGAUACAAAAGCUUCUCAAGUGUGGAAAGGGAUAUCUCACUCUAUUCAUGCUGAGUAUGUCUAGUUCAACCCAUUCAGACAGUGAUGAAUGGAUAGAAAAAAGUACUGUCCACUCAUCAAAUGAAACUAAACGAGAGGACUGGAUGGCUAUGACUGGAAUGUUAAAAACCUACACAAAAGAUGACAUCAAACCCAAGACAGAGCAGAAGAAAAAUAAUAUUGAUUCUUACAACCCGGCAACUAGCAGUAGGGAACUGAACCCAUACUGGAAAGAUGGAGGCUCAGGCUUACCUCAGCACCCAGACCAAUUCAGAAAAUCCAGACAAUUUCUUAAACCUGAUGAUGAAGAAGAUUAUUACACAAGAUCAUCAUCUUCAAAAGAUCAAAAACAUUAUUACAGCUCUAAAGAUAUUGACAGAAAAAGAAGCUAUGAUGCCAGAUCAAGUAACUGGAGAAAACAAUCUGAGGCUGAAAAAUCAAGAGAAGGUGAAAACUCUAAAUCAUCAAAAUAUAAGGUUGAUGAAGAAGUUACAUACAAUACCAGUCACAGUCCACAUAUUGCAAUAAAAGAAAAUAAAAAAGAAAACUUGUACCUGAGUGAUGAAAAAAUGAACAAAUUAGGAGCGAAAAUUGUCAAAGCUGAGAUAAUAGGUGAUAUGAAACUAGUGGAAGAGUUAAAAGCUAAGUUGGAAGCAGCUAGAGAAUAUAGAAAGAAAAAUCCUAAUGCUGGUGAAGAAGAUAACAUUGAAGGUAUAAUGCUGAUGGCCACAAGUAGCACUGGUAAUAGCCGACCACUUAUCAAAGAAAGAGGUGACCCUAAAAGCAAAGGCGGCAAAAGAAAAGCAGAAACAUAUGCUGCUGGCGAAAGGACAAAAUACUUUGGCAAUGAUGACAAGUACAAUUUGCAACAAAUGUUCCAACAAGAGAAAUAUGGAAAUAAUUAUGAAGAUGAAGAGCAGUUGGCUAAAAUUGCUGCUAAACAUAAAAAUCCUAAUGACGACUUGGAAGACAUUUUCAUGGAUGACAUUUCAAAGAAUAGGAAUGAUGCUAAGGAUAGUGAGAAAGAGAGACAAAGGGCUAUUAAUCAGCACGUCAGGAUUGAGAAGUCUAUGGAAGGUUGUGAAUACUGCAUAGACUCCAAAAAUAUGUUGAAGCAUCUUAUGGUUAGCUGUGGGAGUAAAGUGUAUGUUGCACUACCAGCACGAACGUCUCUUGUUACUGGACAGUGUAUUAUAACAACAAUACAGCAUUCAACUUGUGUUACUGCUUUGGAUGAAGAUGUGUGGGAAGAAAUUUUGAUUUACAGAAAAGCAUUGACUCAAUUCUUCAACUCACAAGACAUGGAUGUAGUUUUCUUCGAGACAGCUACAAGACUGCACAGAUUUCCACAUAUGGUAAUAAACUGUGUGCCAUUGCCGAGAGAUGUGGGUGAUAUGGCAGCUAUCUACUUCAAAAAAGCAUUGUUAGAAUGUGAAGCAGAAUGGUCCAUGAAUAAGAAAGUAGUUGACUUAAAAGGGAAAGACAUUCGGAAAGGAAUUCCCAAAGGGUUGCCCUAUUUCUGGAUUGAUUUUGGGAUGGACCCAGGGUUUGCACAUGUUAUAGAGGAUCAACAGUUGUUCCCUAAAACAUUUGCUGAGGAAGUGAUAGCUGGCAUACUAGACCUGGACCACAGUUCAUGGAAAAAUCCUCGCAAGGAGUAUGGUGAUAUUCAAAGAAAGAAAGUGUGGGAUUUUGUAAAAGAAUGGAAACCAUUUGAUCCAAUAAAAAGUACAUCAUAAUAAAUAAAAUCCCAACAUAUCAGUUUCUUUGUUUUUUUUAAGACGUAACAUUUAGUUGUCUAUAAUUAGAAUUUAGUAGGCUAUUUCUUUAUUAGAUACAAAAAAUAAAGAGUCGAACUCUUGAUACUUCUUUCCGUUGAAUACAAAAUGAAAUAACAGAUAUCAUAUUUGUAGGUAAGGAUUGUUUAUGGUGUGAUUGUUAUUUUUCACGUAAGAACAACUGAACAAGUUUUCAUAAAACAUUCAACAUUAUUCAUUAUGCUGUUUCAAUAUGUAAUGCGAAUUAAUUUCUCUAAUCUAAAAUACCAAAUAAAACAAAAUGAAUUAUGUAUGACAGUUUAUUAUAACACAUAAGGUC